GUUAUUUGUAUUUAUUUCCUGAUCCUGCAGCUUCCUGGUCGUUGCCUGGAAUCAUUGUUUUUCUGAGAAAAGUACCAAUAUUUGUAUCCACAUCCAUAGGCUGCUACAUUUUUAAGAAUAUUUGAUUAGCAGCAGGUUUAACUGAGAUGAUGGUUACUUUCCCUCUUCCUCCUCCUCCUCUCUCGGCACAGCAGGAAGGAGGAGAAAAGGAGGAGCUCAGAUAUCUGACGCAGUGUGAGCAGCAGCUGCCGCCUCACUUCCACCAUCCGCUGCCUGCUGGACACACGGCGGCUCGGGAAACCUUCAGAGAAUCGCUCGGAUCUUCCAGGACAAGCAGACGCUUCUGUGCGCCAUGAGGUCGGUCGUGAUGAAGAGGAGGGAGCCGGAGCUGUGAGGCACAGAGGUCCCCUCUCAUUGUGUGCUGAGUGGCGCAGGAGAGGAGGAUGCCUCCGCGGCCGCGGGCACUCCUCCCAUUCCCGUCGAAACGCUUUAUCAUUCCCCGAGACAAAGUGGCCCUUCUCUUGCCUCUGAGGGCGAUUUGUUGUUCAGGAGUGCGCUGAUUUCUGAGGGACACCUUCCGCUAUGCUGGCCGCUCCGGAUCCAUGAGAACUCUUAAUGAAAACAAGGAGGAGGAGGAGGAGGAGGAGGAGGAGGAGGGCUCCGGCUGCAACGCCAUGGAGGACAAGGAGAACAAUCUGAAAACGGCCAGGUUUUGGAGGGAUGCCGCCCUGCGCUCCAGGAAGCUGCGGAGCAACCUGCGCCAGCUCACCCUCUGCUCCAAAAACAACCAGAUCGUCCUGCCCGAGGAUAUAGACGAGAUAGAGGCGCUCAACCUGGGCAACAACUCGCUCCAGGAGCUACCAGAUGGGCUGAGGUCCACCCUCAACAACCUGUGCAUCCUGGUCCUUCGCAGGAACAAGUUCAGCAGCGUUCCCCGGGUGGUGCUGGAGCUGGGGCAGCUGGUGGAGCUCGACAUGAGCCACAACUGCCUGAUAAACCUUUCUGAAGGCGUGGGCCAGCUGAGGGGGCUGAAAAAGUUAUGUCUCAGUCACAACAAAAUCCUGAACCUCCCAGCCCAGAUCGGAGCGCUUCAUCUUCUGGAGGAGCUUGACAUCAGCUUCAACGAUCUGCACGACUUCCCCAGAUCCUUCUCCAGCCUUGCCAAGCUGCGGACUCUGGAUGCAGAUCACAACAAGCUGAACCUGUUCCCUGCGGAGAUCCUGGCCCUGGGUGAGCUGGAGGAGCUUGACCUCUCUGGGAACAAGUUUGAGGCUUUGCCAGCUGACAUUACAAGGCUGAAGUCCACCAAGAUCUUGUGGCUCAGCAGCCUUCACAUGUCCUCCUUACCUGACGCCUUCUGCCACCUGCACAACCUGGAGAGCCUGAUGUUGGAUGGGAACAACCUCACAGCGCUGCCUUCCUCGUUCGCUCAGCUGCAGAAAUUAAAAAUGAUCAAUCUGUCCUCUAAUGAGUUUGAGGAGUUUCCAUUGGCUCUCCUUAGCAUCACAUGUUUAGAGGAACUUUACCUGAGUAGGAAUAGACUGACUCAUAUUCCAGAGGGUAUUGGUCAGCUGGUGAAGCUGGUGAACCUCUGGCUUGACAAUAACAACAUCACUCACCUACCCGAAUCCAUCGUGGAGCUGGAGAAGUUGGAGGAACUUGUUUUACAGGGUAACCAAAUAGCUAUUCUUCCAGAUAACUUUGGGAAACUGUCCAAAGUGAACAUUUGGAAGGUAAAAGAUAACCCUCUCAUCCAGCCUCCGUACGAGGUGUGUAUGAAGGGAAUCCCUUACAUUGCUGUCUAUCAGAAAGAGCUUGCGCAGUCGCAGGUUUCCGUGAAGCCACGACUGAAACUGGUCCUGAUGGGGAGGAAGAAUGCUGGAAAAACCCAGUUAAGUCGGAGCUUGGUGAGCACAAGGCAGGACAAUGGAGGAACCCAGGGAAACAAGGGAAUUGAAGUCACAAACUGGGUGGCGGACGCUGAUCGCCAUCUCACAUUCCUAGUGUACGACUUGUCAGGGAACAAAAACUAUGACCUUAUCAAACCUUUUUUUCUCUCCCCCGGUGCUCUCUAUGUUCUUGUUGUUAACCUCAAAGCAUACUCAGCUAAGAACUUCUAUGACCACGUUGGGUAUUUCCUCCACCUGCUGUGCGCCAAAGUUCCCCACGCUGUGGUGUGCCUGGUGGGCACUCAUGCAGACCUGUGUGACGAAGAGGAACUAGAAGAGAAGACUCUUGACAUUCACAGACAGAUCGGGCUGCAGGAGAGGAGCGACGUCCAGAACCUAAGGACCCUGGCUCAGCAAGUAGACCACGCUCUGGAGCAAGGGUACGACGUCCGCACCUCCAGUCCUCACGUUCUCUUCUACAGUGUCACUGACAGGAACCUAAGGCGCAGGAAAGCCCAGCUGCAGUACAUCCUGAACCACCGGUUGCAGAUCUUGUCUCCCGUCUUGAGCACCAGCUGCACGGAGAGCCAGAGGAACGUUCAGAGGCUGAAGGAGAAACUCAUGUCGGUUGCAGACCAAUGGGAGAUUUUCCCCAACCUCAACCGCGUGCUGCCAAAGUCCUGGCAGAUGCUGGAGGAAUUGCACUUUAAGUCCAAAGAUUUGUGGCUCUCGUGGUGGAGCUCAGCCCGUCUGGGCCUUCAGGCAGGACUCACCGAGGACCGACUGCCGAGCGCCUUAUCUUACCUGCAUGAAAGCGGGAAGCUGCUCUACUUUGAGGACAGCAUCACCCUAAAGGAGUAUGUUUUUCACAACCUUCCCCGUUUUAUUGAAAUUCUCAAUGUCUUUUUCUUGAGGGACGAGUCCACACUUUUGGAUCGGCUGCUCUCUGAGGGCGAGAAGGGAGACAAGGGGAGAGUAAGUCUUGUCAUAGAGAAUGAAAAGGGAGAGAACCUCAAAGUCACCCAUCUUCAGCAACAUGUGGAGGGCUUCCUCCAACACGGUCUCCUGCCCUCAAAUGUCAUCCGUCUGCUCCUCAGGCCACUCAUACAGACCCAGCAGGACCUCCAUCUCAUCAUGGAGCUCCUGGAAAAGAUGGGAAUCUGCUACUGCAUCAACAAACCCCGCACCAAGCCUCUGAACGGAGCCACCGUCUGGUACAUGUUCCCCAGCUACAUGAGCAGUGAGGAGGCCCGGGUGGAGGACUCAGCCGGUGGCAACACUCUGCCUGCUAGCCCCCUGUUCUCUGUGGAGCAGCUGCACAUACAAUACAGCUUCCCCUUCCUGUUUCCUCCUGGCCUUUUCACACGCUUCAGUGUGCAGAUAAACAGCCAUGUGGUCCAGCGGUCAGACAGCAGGUAUCAGAUCUUUGCCUACCGGGGUAAAGUCCCUGUGGUGAUCAGCCACCAUCCCGCUAAAGGGAAGCUGCUGGCAGAGACCCUUUCCAUUGCCAGCCACGCCUCACUGCCCAACAUCUGGACUGCCUGGCAGGCUGUGACUCCGCUGGUGGAGGAGCUGAACAUGCUGUUGCAGGAGUGGCCCGGCCUGCACUACUCUGUACAUAUUCUCUGUUCCAAGUGCCUCAAGAGAGGGUCGUCCAACCCACACGCCUUCCCGGGUGAGCUGCUGAGCCAGCCGCGACCCGACAGCCCGACUGAGAUCAUCUGUCCAAAAAACGGCACCGAGCGGGUUAACGUGGCUCUGGUUUACCCUCCGACACCCACCGUCACGAGCCCCAAGUGAUCCCCCAACAUCCCCUCACCCCCCGACCGACCACACACACACACACACACACACACACACAAACACCUGACUCAACUCGUCCCACCCCGCCACCGGAGACCCCGUCUCCAUCAUCUGCCCCACCGUCAGCACAGCUUCAGUCUGUCAGCUGCCUGUUGUUGGUGCCUGAUGUCUUGUGGUGACGCCUCUUGAAGACGCAGCAUCUGUAGCAUCUUCACUAACUCUGUUUCACAAGUUUCUCUUUCAACUCUGAACUCAACCACUUUUUUUUUCCUUUUUAUAUCUGAAUCACAGCUUGAAAAUGUGAAGUUCAUCGACGAACUCCGACGCAUCACUCAGUAAAUUAUCAGAGGUUAGGACGUCUGAGAGAAACUUGUGAAGCAGAGACUCGGUUUUCUGCCUCCUGGACGAGGAAGCGCAGCGAGGACUUUCUGUGGACGUGUGAAAACUUGGGACGUGGACAAAAUGCACCUUCAGGACAGCUCGAAAGGAGAAGUGGUUUUUCCACAAGUGCACCUACAGGCCUUAAAUUUGUGUUUCAUGUUGACCUUCAGUGCAGACUGCAAGGCGUCAGCAGAUAAACAGAGCAGGACGGGGAGCCAAAACUCCAGUAUCUGAGACGUAAUCACUUCUGAAAGAUGAGACGAAAACAUUAAACAUUUUGUAGCUCAGAUUCUUUCUGAGAAGCUGGUUGACUUUUUUUCUCUAGAUGUUUUUAAAAAUCAGCCUUAAGCUCUCCCAUGAAUAAAAAAAAAUUAUUGUGUAGAAAGCACUGAAACAUUGAUGCUAAAAGCAGGAUUUUAAGAAUCUAUUAUCAAAUUUGCAUGAGAUGGCCUGAAUGGGUUUCCCCUCAGCUACAGGUUGUUGUUUUCACAGAGGAUUUGCCAAGCAGGGGUCUCUGCAGUUCAUGGGAGGAGUUUCUUAUGUGGGUGGAGCUUGUAUAAUAGGUGGAAAUUGGGUGUGGGCGGAGCUUAGUCGAAUUGACUUGUGCUGUGGGGCAGUUUAAAAGAGGAUGUAAUGUUAUUAGUAAAAUUAUCGUGAACAUGUAAACAUUUAUUGACUUCAAAUUUUGUGCAGCUAGCACCUUCCUGUCCUGAGUUAUGACUGAGAUUAUUAUUUAUAUUUAGGUGCUUCCUGGCUGUUUCGACCAAGCUACUCCCAGCUGCCCCCAGCUUUUUAAAACCCCACCCAAAAUAGUUAAGCCAACCCAUCACGUCUUUAACAAAGUACUGCAACAAAAAUCAGAUCAAUCAUGUCUUGGGCCAACUUCUUCCACAAAACCAGAAACUCCUACUUUAAGAUUGCAGCGAUCCCCCAGUUUGAUACUGAAUGUGAGGUGAAACAAGAUUUAAAUGUUUAUUUUUUCUGAACUCAGACUUUAGGAUUUAUUUUCUCAGAAUGACACUAACCUACGAAGCAACUAGCUAGUGCCACAGCAAACAUGAAUAACUUCAUGUUUUUGCUUCCUGUUCUGAGGAUCCAAAACUCGCAGACAAAGGUUCUCUAACAGCUUGUUGCUCUGAGGAUGUUCCUGCUGUUUCCUCUGUUUGUUUCAGGACUUCUUAGAUUGUGGUCAAGUCUUAAAAUAUAGUUUUGACCUUACAAAUGA